GAUAAUACUGUAAUAUAAAAUACUAAAGGAGAUAUAUAUUAUCACCACACUAUAUAUACACAUACAUAUCACUCACCUCACGCCACAGACCAGCGGCGACGACGACGAGGGAAGCUUUUUCCGGCCGCUUCUUCUAAUUUAUCGGCGAUUAUCAUCUUUAUCAUGAUCUCUAUUCUCAACUACAAGCAUCCUCCGCAUCAAUAUUAAAUUUAGAAACAAUGCAAAGGUCCUGUGAGGCAUCCCCUGUGGGCCUCCAGGGUAAGGGACACCCACACACUCUACAGUGUAGUGGGAAUCAGCCUGAAGGAACUGUAGAAGUCAAAGAUGAAAGUCACGCUCCUCAGAGUGUUGAAGUUGUUAAAGCAGACCGUGGGCCGAACAGCAAGUUAGUUGAAUCUUCUAACACAUGCUACAAGGGAAAUAAUUACCCACAUGACAUUAGCCCCUGGUUGUUCCAUCCCGACUCCAACAAUGUGCAGUUGUGUCAAAUGAGUGCUUUCGAUGGGCAUUUGUAUCCUGUAUCUGUGGAUAAUCGAUUCCAGCAUGUCCCUAUCAAUAUCUUUCCCCCAUACCCAUUCGAGCCUCUCCCUCAGGAUUUCCACUAUUUUGUGGUAAUUGAUUUUGAAGCUACAUGUGACAAGGCCAAAAAUCCUCAUCCACAAGAGAUAAUUGAAUUUCCUUCGGUAAUAGUAAGCAGCAUGACUGGUCAACUGGAAGCUUGCUUUCAAACUUAUGUGCGUCCAACUUGCAACCAGAUGUUGAGUGAAUUUUGCAAGGAUCUGACUGGAAUCCAACAAAUUCAGGUUGAUAGAGGUGUUACUUUAAGUGAGGCUCUCCUCCGCCAUGAUAAAUGGCUUGAGAAAAGGGGCAUCAAAAGCACUAAUUUUACUGUGGUUACAUGGUCUAACUGGGAUUGCCGGGUGAUGUUGGAAUCUGAGUGCCGCUACAAAAAAAUUCGCAAACCUCCUUACUUUGAUCGUUGGAUCAACUUGAAAGUUCCAUUCCAGGAUGUUUUUGGUAACAAGAGAUGCAACUUAAAGGAGGCGGUUGAGAUGGCUGGCCUGGUUUGGCAAGGUCGUGCUCACUGUGGUUUGGAUGAUGCCAAGAAUACUGCCCGACUACUUGCUCUCAUCAUGCGCAAGGGAUACAGAUUUUCGAUUACAAACUCCAUGAUGCAGCAGUCACCUGAAUAUUCGAUGGCAUGGAAGCAUCCAGCGGAAAACCUGCCCUGUACCCCUUAUCACCCUAUGAAACUGAAGGAUGCUCAUGUGCCUAUGAUGCAGCUGUCUCCUUUUUGUUACUGUGGAGUGAAGAGCAGCAAAGGCAUGGUUCGCAAGCCAGGCCCCAAGCAAGGUAGCUGCUUUUUUGGGUGUGGAAACUGGACUGCAGCUAGAGGUGCACGCUGCCAGUACUUUGAAUGGGCAUCAGCCUAGUAAGGGUUAAUGAUGGUCCUUUAGGACCACAGUAUGGUCUGCUACUUUCUGUAAAAAGAAUUAAACUUUUAAGACUUGUUCUGUGGACAGAAUUGCCAUGGUUUGGCGAGACUUCUGCUUUCUUAAAAUAAAUGUAGAUAUAGUUUGGGUAAAAGGUGGAAAACGCUUAAUUAACAUCAGACGGAUAGUGUUUGUAGAGAAAAAUGGAAUCCAAUUGGUAAUUUUACUGGUUGAGAGGAUUCCUGACUCCUGAGUUUGAGGUGUGUGAGACUGCCUAGUUGUGAGGAUGCUUUUAUGAAAAUUUGCUUUAUCAUUCCAAAUAAA